AUGGGUCAAGAGCUGUGUGCAAAGACUCUCCAGCCUGGAUGCAGCUGCCAUCGCUGUUGGGAGGGAAGCGAUGCACACAGCUGUCAGAGGAGUGCGCCUGUGAUGAUGGAGGCUGCGAUCGAGCUAACAGACCUAAAAGAAGCAUCAUGUUCCAUGACUUCAUUUCACCCCAGGGGACGUCAGGCUGCCCGUGACUGGAAGUUCAAGAGUAAAAGGCCACGGAGUAACAGUGAUUCUUUUCAGGAAGAGGAUCUGAGGCAAGGUUUUCAGUGGAGAAAGAGCCUCCCUUUUGGGGCAGCCUCGUCUUACUUGAACUUGGAGAAGCUGGGUGAAGGUUCUUAUGCUACAGUUUACAAGGGGAUUAGCAGGAUAAACAGACAACUAGUGGCUUUAAAAGUCAUCAGCAUGAAUGAAGAGGAAGGAGUCCCAUUUACUGCUAUCCGGGAAGCUUCUCUUUUGAAGGGUUUGAAACAUGCGAAUAUUGUGCUCCUGCAUGACAUAAUCCACACCAAAGAGACACUGACAUUCGUUUUUGAAUACAUGGACACAGACCUGGCCCAGUACAUGUCUCAGCACCCAGGAGGACUUCAUCCUCACAAUGUCAGGGUGGAUAUACAAAUUCUAUCAGAAUACAUCAAGGUGUCCCAGGAUGGCAAGAUUAAGCAGUUAACUCCAGAUUGUAGGAUGGACUCCUGCUGGAAUGGAGGCUUCAGGACACUUGUUCCUGCUCACCUAUGUAUCCGUAUAGGUGUGAUUGUAUGGGUACCUGAGGCUUUUAUUCCCAUCCAAAAUGUAUUACUGUGGCUCUCCAGGAAAUCCCAGGACAAUGAGUUCGGUGCUUCUCUCCUUCAAUCAGGACUUGCUCGGGCCAAGUCCAUUCCCAGCCAGACAUACUCUUCAGAAGUUGUGACCCUUUGGUACCGCCCUCCUGAUGCCUUGCUGGGAGCGACUGAGUAUUCCUCUGAACUGGACAUAUGGGGUGCAGGCUGCAUCUUUAUUGAAAUGUUCCAGGGUCAACCUUUGUUUCCUGGGGUUUCCAACAUCCUUGAACAGCUGGAGAAGAUCUGGGAGGUGUUGGGAGUCCCUACAGAGGAUACCUGGCCUGGAGUUUCCAAAUUACCUAACUACAACCCAGAAUGGUUCCCACUGCCUAAACCUCAAAGCCUUCAGAGUGUCUGGAACAGGUUGGGCAGGGUUCCUGAAGCUGAAGACCUGGCCUCACAAAUGCUGAAGGGCUUUCCUAGAGAUCGUGUCUCCGCCCAGGAAGCACUGGUUCAUGAUUAUUUCAGAGCCCUGCCAUCUCAGCUGCACCAGCUUCCUAAUGAGGAGUCUUUGUUUACAGUUUCAGGAGUGAGGCUGAAGCCAGAAAUGUGUGACCUUUUGGCCUCCUACCAGAAAGGUCACCACCCAGCCCAGUUUAGCAAAUGCUGGUGAAAAGAAAGGGUGACAUCACCAAGAUCCUUCCAGGACUACAUUACUGCUAUUUCAGUUUUAAUUUGCUUCAACUACUAAGAAGCUUCGAAUUUAACUCCACACUGGACCAUCACCUGUGACCUGGAAUAUUUUAAAUAUAAUGUCCAAGGCAAUAGUACAUAAUACUUGAAGAAAAAACAAUUGAAGGUUAUUGCUGUUGUCAUUUGCCUAGAAUUUCACAGUUAUUGGCUCAAAAAUUAGACAUAGGCUGAAACCGUCUGAGAAGAGGACUUCUGAAUAAUUGUAUCCAUUUCAUUACUUGGUAGAGAGAUCCCUGGGCAGGAAAGACAGCAGGACAGAUGGGAGGCUGACAAUUGAAAGAAUUUGGAGACAGAGCCAUGCUUACAGAGGCCUAUCACUCCUGUGUUCACUUACAAUUUCUCCCAACAAAAGGAUUUCUGUGGCAAGGAGAGGAUUAGUCUAAGGUUUAGAAAAGUCUCCAGAGAAGAUGGUUUCUUGGAUAAAGUUGUCAACAAAAGGACUAGCUUAAACUUCUGGUUAAGACUUCCCUGGGGACUUCUUCCUUCACUAAAGGAAUUAUCAAAACACAUUACCACCCCACCCAGCCAGAUUUGAGGAGUUUGGAUUGAGCUGCUGGUUAGAAUUAAAUUUCAGGCUAUCUCCUUCUACUGGAUUCUAAUUGUCUGUGAUAGCAAAAGUGAUGAGGAAUCUAAGCUCUGAUUUGAUGGUUGAGAUACUGACUAGAUAGAUAGGAUCAAAGAGUUCCAAAGAUGUAAUUCAAGCCCUGUCACACCAUCAGACACACAUGCAUGUGUGCACACACACAUAACCCUCAAAUAAAAUGAGAGAUUUGUCUCGGCUAACACAUGUAUCAUUUUCUACAAUGGCUCCUUCUAGAAGAAGCCAGGGAAACUCAAAUUACUUCAUCUAGGGAUCAUCUACUCAGGAAAUAUAGUAACCUAGAAACCAGAGACCUCUAUAUAUUCUUUAGAACAAGGAGGAACUAAUUAAGAGAGAAUUAAAAAAUGGUACCUAUCCACCCAAAAUCUGAGAUGGAAGAAGGGAAAAGGUGUACAAAUACCUUAGUGAGUAUUUGAUUUUAGUAAAGCAUUUGACAAAGCCUGCGCAGAUAUACCUGAAAGAUGAAACUGUGUGGGCGGGAUGAUGAGGCAGAUAUAGGUACUCAAAGAAAGGUGGUAUUCGACCUAGAGAAAAGCUGAUAGUGGUGUGGUGCAAGGUUCAGUCUUGAGUCCCAUUCUGGUCAAAUAUAUAUAUAUAUAUUUUUUUUAAUUUAAUUU